AUGGCAAAAGACCGAAAUAAAGAAACUCCCGAACAGAACUCCUCCAAACAGGACAGAGAUUGCGAAGCUGUGAAGAACCUGGUGCAAAAAUUCAUCGAUCUCUUCAAGUAUGAGUUCUCCAAUACUUGGUACCCUGUGGUGCAAAAAGCCCUCGAGGUGGGCACCGCCUUCGAAGGUUGGAGUCCCCAGGAAGUAGACAUCACCCACCACCUGCUUGUGUCUCUGAAGCCCCCCCGUGGACACAUCUUCCAGCUCGAGCCGGGCCCCUCGUGGCCGGUGAGGAACUUUCGCAUCCGUGUGGAAUUGGAGUGUACCUGUGAGAAGCAGCAGCGAACAGCAGAGACACGUUGCUUCCUCCACGACCCCGAGGAGGAGCAGAGGAGGAAGGAGGGCCCCAACAUCCUAGACGACCUCUGCACUGACUCCUACCUGGAUGUGCAGAAAACUGCUCACUGGUUCCAGAAGAUGGUGAGGCGUUUCUGGAAGGAUCUGCCUGAGUCAGCCACACACCGCCUAAUGGUGCUGCCCUCGGAUCGCUCCUGCAAAUUCCGCGUGACACAAGGCUGGGAGAAAAGUCUCUUAACUGAGUUGAUGUUUGGGGUGCAGGAAGGUGACUCGGACAUCUUCCUGAGCAGCCAGUAUGCAGAGGCUGCCUACACCCCAAGCACGAUCUGGCCAGAGACCUACGCUGUGGCAGAGAGGAAGUUCUUCAGCUAUAUUGCCAGCCAGGCACAGCCUGACAUCUGCCACCUCAGGUGCCUGCAGCUCUGUGUCAGCAGCCUGCUGGGCAGAGACUUUUACAUCUAUACGCUGAAGACAGUUGUGAUGCACCUGCUGACCAUCAUACCCCUGUCACGCUGGCACAAGGACGCUUUCACGGAGCGGCUGGAGGACAUCAUGCUGUACCUGCAGAGGUGCCUGAACAAGAAAGGCCUCAACCACUUCUUCAUCGGCAAUGAUAAUGUGCCUGAGGAGAUCAUCUUGCCCCUGGAACUGCAAACGGCUAAGUGGCUCAAUCUCUUCCAGCACCUGGAGCACAAUCCUGACGCCUAUGAGGAGGCAUGGCUUGAUUUUCUGGUGCUGCAAUGUUGGCUUCGUAAACAGGUUCUCCACGGACACUGAAAGAGGUCGUCCUGCAUGAGGAGGCCUGUGACAGGGACUCCGUUACCAACCGGACAGUGACUGUACCCCUGACUGUGAGACACUCCAUUCCUU